AGGCAAUUUCUGAACCUGUCUUCAGGAGCGUGUGUCUCACUCUCAUUUUUAUAUCUCUUUUUCGACAGGUACUAAGAAAGGAGUCCGCUACCACCUCAAUCUCAAAUAAGAGAAAAUACAAACAUACUACAACAUACUUAGUUGUUUCCAAUUGUUUUUCGUUGCGAUUAGAUAGAAGUUGAAGCAAUAAAGGCUUUAUUUGAAGCAAUCUCCGUAGAAGUCUUCUUCAUAUCCGCCCUGCAACAAGUACCACCUAGUUUUAUACUAUAAGUCCAGAGGACAGCACCACCUAGACAAAAUGCCUCCCAUGAUUCCCGCACGUCCUCCAGCAGGUUUUGCACCAGGAAAUGCUGCGAAUGGCAUGUUUGUUAAGGCUUCCUUUAAUUCAUCUUGAGAAGCAUCCUGGAGCCUUUUCCUGAGGGGAAAGCACGCCAAAGAUGCUCUCCAAGAUGAAUUAAGGCAAGCGCUAAGUUUGGUGGCAAUCCUGGCACUGACACUGCCGUUAUGGUCUUUGGCGCUGCCUUCCUCGUCUGCUUUGUCGCAGUUUUGGUCUAUUCCUGUGUUGGGAUCCGAGGAAACGACAGCAAGUUGAUGGAGUCCCUGAAGGGACUGAAAGCCGCAGCUGCGGCUAAAGACGAGGAAUUGAAGAAGAGUACCUUAUUUAAUAUGAUAUUAUGUCUCUUGUUGUCCAAGAAUAAUAUCAUUGUUGAUUUACUCUCACUUGUUCCUUAACUACACAUUCUUUCAUCUAUCUUCAAGCUCAAGCAUCUAUGAAUCUUCAAGUUCAAGAACAAUUUCAUGUUGCCCACCGCCUUUCAUCUAUUUUCAACUUCAACUUCAACAAUUCCACCGUGCCUCAGUCGAAGCCCACUACCUGGAUCGCGUGGCGGCUUUGCAACGUGAGCUCUACGAGGCCCAGGACACAAUGCAGCAGCAGGUCCAAAACAUGCAGAAGGAACUCUUCAAAACGUCUCAAGACUUACGCAAUUCGAUGGAAACGACACAAAACGAGCUGCAGUCUUCCAUGCAAGCCACCCAAAACGAGUAUCGUGCCUAUUUUGGCGACUUCGCUAGUCAGGUGUCGGGUGAGGUGGGGAAGCAGUUUAGUUCCGCUGAAAUUGAACCACGUCUGGAAAAGUUCCGUAUGGAAACGGCCAACGUUAAGGUCAACAUUUUUUAGUGUCCAUCUUUCUCGGCAUCUUUUCCCUUGUAUUCUCAUGACAUACAAGCUACAAGGGGUCAAGAUGAGGGGGCCGAGAUGCAAUCUAGCAGACUCUAACAACGACUACGAGCGUUUGGGUGCUGAAUCUUUGGAGCGCUACAAGGCUUCUCAAGGCGCUCUGUACAGCGCUUUGAAUGAAGAAUUGCAAAGACUGGAUGCUCAGGGUCAGGGACAUGCUCAGGUUAUGCUUGAAUGUACAUUUCGAAAAGUGAAAAUUACCGAGUUACUGAGUGAAAUAAAAGAGUCUUGACUACAUUCCUCCUCUUUCAGUUGUAUCUCCCUUAUUUUAAGUAGUUGCUCGCUUACUUCAGUUUAUCGAAUAGUUGGCUCCUCUUAUUCUGAAUUUCUUUUUUCAACUAUUCUUCUCUUAUUGUUAAUCACGACACGACUCUCAUCUGACGAAGUGGGUGCUAACUCUUCUAGGUUCAACGGUAAAAUCAAAAUCUUUAUGAGCCACUACAAGUUUGGAUUGUGACCUGUGAAUAGCUACACCUCUAAAUAGCUACACCUCUAAAUAGCUAACCCUAAGCCUAAACCCUAGGUAGCUUGAGCUACACCUCUAAUCCUACCUGGCGCCAACAGCAGGAUGGAUGCCAACAAGCUUUUACGCAGUAUGUCGAGGGAGAGACGAACCGCGGACAAGCUCAAAUGCAAGGGAUCGCGAAUCAGAAGAUUCAAGAGUGCGAACAACGCGUAGAGAAUGCCGGAUCCGCGAAAAUCGCUGAAUUCGGAACGAUUUUCGACUCCCUGAAAGGGGACGUAAUGAAUCAAGUGCAAAUAACCGCUGGCAGCGCUAUUGAGGAUAUGCAGGCUGGCUCACGUGCAGCCGUUGAGAACGUCCGCGUGAAUACGCAAGCGACAGUGGCAGAUAUGCAAUCGAGGUUAUGAAGGCAGGGUUGAUGUACUAUUUAAUUGAAAGAAGUGAACACUUCUUUAUGCUGGCUAAUACUCUUCCUCUUUCAUCCUAACAGGUCCUCAUCAAAUGGGGGUGUUUAUUUCAUCCUUUCAACACGACCUCCACGAGGAUAUCCUCCGCGACCUCGUCCUCCCUCUAAUUCCCGCCACCCAGCUUCGCCAAGAUAUCGAAUCUGAAAGGGAGGAUCUCCGCUAUCACGCUGAUCAAGCUUUGCGCACCAUGAGAAGCGAGGCUGCUGAGGGCCAAAAGCGUAUCGAUGAUGCGCUCGCUGCUUGCCAGAACAGUGGCAGAGAAGCGACCCGUGCGGUGGCAGACGUACUUGUCUUGAUGUUGAUUCUCUUGGCAAACGUAAAUCAUGUGCACUUGAAUGAAUUCCAACGCUGGAGGGGCUGGGAAGUAGUUCAAGUAUACUAUAUCCUAACCAUCUCCAACUUCAUCCCAACUUCAUGUGCAAUUCACCUCUUGCGUACUUCCUCCUCCUCUUCCCGUCCUCUGUCAGGCUGAGAAAAAGCUUACCAAGCGGUUGGACGAAACGGAUUGGUGGGUUCGUAAUAAUGACGAAGACGCCAAGCAGAAAGUCGCGGAUAUGAAAGAGAAAAUGGAAGGCAGGAUUAAGAAAUUGGAGGAUGCGAAUGCAGCUUGGAACAACUAGUGUAAGGGAAUGGAAGAUGCGAAUGCAGCUUGGAACAAUUAAGGGAAUGGCGGGUGCGAAAGCGGCUUGGAACAACAACUAGGAACUUGGGAAGUACUAGAACUUGAGGAUUACUGAUAUGAUCUGGUUGUACAAUCCGUAAUAAGGGAUGUGAAAAAGUAACAAGGCAGGAUCUCGAACUCGAACUCGAUCUUAUACACCCUAAAGCGGUCUGUGGUGCAUGUGGUGGCUUAUCAAUAAUGUCAACGAGAAGAUCGUAAGAUUUUUGUUUUUGAAUCAGAAUCAACAAAGAAUGAUAUUAGAAAUAGAAAAAAAUCACAGGAGGAGGCGAGACCGAAGGAGGCCGCAAGAACGUUUCUACUAUCAAUUAUAGGCUUGUGUGCCUUUUGUUUCGGUAUAUUUUUGGAUGCAACAUAAAGUCGUUUUCCUAUUCUUGUUAGAAUGGAUAGCACGCACAAUUCGAAUUCAGGCACAAUGUCGUGUUUGCCAGUCUAGGAAGAGAAGUUAGAUCGUGUAAACCGAUGAUGGAGCUGCUUUCAACGGUUCUUGGUGCCUCCAGGCAUCCGAUCUAAAUGAAGAACUGGCUAUCUGUAUCUUGUUUCAAGGUUUUCUUCAAAUCGAUAUUAUCAAUAAUUUUCUUCACGAUAUUAACCUCCAGCAGAUGAAUAAGGUUACAAGUGCAGUUCAUCGUAUAAAACACAGCUAUAGUUCUUGUUUCGCAGCAACCUAACACCGAUGUGCAGGAGGACGAACAAGAGCUGCUAAUUGUUGUCUACACUGAGCACAGAAUCAGAAAGGAGGUGACUAACAUGAUGACAUAAAAAUCUAUCAAAAUGUACUCGCCAAGUGCAAGAAGUCAAAGAACCAGCAAGCUAAACUCUAUGAUAAGAAUAGCCAGUGGCAAAAAUGCUAAUUCUUGCGUUCUUGAAGGGGUUCAUGCCAUCGUUUUUAUGGCUCGUCUCUGG